AUGAGCCUUAUUGGUCUGGUGAUCUGCGUUUGGGUGAUUUACUGCAUCAUAUUCUUUGUCAUCAGACUUCAUGGGACUCAGAACAUGUUUGUGAUAAACGUGCUGUUUUACGAUACUAUUGUGGCAAUCAUAGGCUUCAUCAGAGGUCUGGGUAUAAUCAACAAGAUGUUUGUUGGCGUGAAUACCGAUGGACAGGAGAAUUAUUUCUGCUUCGUUUUCUCGCUUGUCGGCCAACUUUUUUGGAACAGCCCCAUGACAGUGUUAAUGCCUCUAACAAUAGACAGGGUCCUGGUGAUUAUGUUUCCUUUCAUGCACAGAAAGUGGAUGUCCCACAAGAUAAUAUUUCUGAUGAUAGGGCUGUGGUGGUUCCCUUCUCUCUCUUUUACUCUGUACCAUCUGGUUCAGUACCAACGUGGAUUAGCUAAGAUAAGCUACCAGCCAGAAUACCAUCGCUGUACCUUCGACCACCAAAGCACCGGACAAAUGGAGGCUAUCAUCCUCUACUUCGUCCCGAUCAUAACUCUAGUAGCAGUCUACACCGUCCUGCUAGUACAAGUUAUCAGAAUGAAUAUCAAGUUUAGGAAGCUACUCCUUACGUCCCUGUCUAUCUGCGCUUCUGGAGUCCUGAUAGCAAUCCCACAGACUCUACUCUACAUGAACGUUCACAUGGAGUAUAAAGAGGCUCAGUUCUUUACCGUGACUCUAUUCUAUAUCUCCCCACUAUGCGACUCUGUUAUUUACUACUGUACUAAUCCUAGAGUAAUGGAGAAUCUGUCUCAAACUGAGAUUGUUAAAGCAGCUUCAAGGUUCUCCAGAGUAAUUAUUCCUUCCAACUUUUCUAGGGGAUUGUCUGGAGAUUGA